AAAGGCGGAAGCCGAGUUGGGGGCGGGGCUUUGUGGAAGUUGGGGGACCCAGCGAAAUGGAAGUAGUUAGGUGUCCAGAGCACGGGACUUUCUGCUUUCUUAAGACCGGCGUCCGCGAUGGCCCGAAUAAAGGAAAGAGCUUCUACGUGUGCCGGGCAGACACGUGCAGCUUCGUGCGGCCCACUGACAUUCCUGUUUCCCAUUGCUUAUUGCAUGAGGACUUUGUGGUAGAGCUUCAGGGUUUGCUUCUGCCACAGGACAAGAAAGAAUACAGAUUGUUCUUCCGAUGCAUUAGAAGUAAGGCAGAGGGGAAACGCUGGUGUGGAAGUAUUCCAUGGCAGGAUCCUGAUUCCAAAGAACAUUCUGUACCCAAUAAGUCUCAGCAUGCAUCUGUGACAUUUCAUCAUUCUUCCAACUGGCUGAGAAAUCCAUUCAAGGUACUUGACAAGAAUCAAGAACCAGCUCUCUGGAAACAGCUCAUCAAAGGUGAAGGUGAGGAAAAGACGGCUGAUAAGAAGCAAAGAGAAAAGGGAGAUCAGCUUUUUGAUCAAAAGAAGGAACAGAAGCCUGAAACGAUGGAGAAAGAUCUCUCAUCUGGCCUGGUACCAAAGAAAAAACAAUCUGUAGUUCAAGAGAAGAAGCAAGAAGAGAGAGCAGAGAUUCAGUGUGAGGCAGAGACUGGAGGCACACACAAAAGAGACUUUUCUGAAAUUAAAUCUCAACAGUGCCAAGGUAAUGAGCUUACAAGACCAUCUGCAUCUUCUCAGGAGAAAUCAAGUGGUAAGAGUCAAGAUGUCCAAAGAGAAUCAGAACCUCUGAGAGAAAAGGUUACCCAGCUUUUGCCUCAAAAUGUUCACAGUCCCAACUCAAUAAGCAAGCCCCAGAAAGGGGGACCCCUCAACAAGGAGUACACGAACUGGGAGGCUAAAGAAACAAAGGCAAAGGAUGGCCCUAGCACACAGGCCACCCAGAAAAGCCUGCCUCGGGGGCAUUUCCAAGAGCAGCCAGAGACCCACGGUGUGCCUGCUCCUGGAGGACCAGCGGCUCAGGCUGCACCAGCAGCACCAGGGCUUUCCCUGGGUGAGGGCCGUGAAGCUGCCACAAGCAGUGAUGACGAGGAGGAAGAUGAUGUUGUUUUUGUUUCCUCUAAGCCUGGGAGCCCCCUACUCUUUGACUCGACUCUGGACUUAGAGAUGAAGGAAAACCUCCAAUUCCCUGAUCGAAGUGUGCAAAGAAAGGUGUCUCCUGCCUCAGGUGUUUCCAAGAAGGUAGAACCCUCAGACCCAGUAGCCCGGCGUGUCUACCUUACGACACAACUGAAACAAAAGAAGAGCACACUGGCAUCAGUGAACAUCCAGGCUCUUCCAGACAAGGGUCAAAAGUUGAUCAAACAAAUCCAGGAGCUGGAGGAAGUACUCAGUGGUCUUGCCCUUUCCCCAGAGCAAGGAACUAAUGAGAAGGGUAACAGUCAAGUACCACAGCAGAGUCACUUCACCAAAACUACCACUGGCCCUCCCCACCUGGUGCCUCCCCAACCCCUUCCUCAUCGUGGUACCCAACCUGUGGGUUCUCUAGAACUAAAGUCUGCCUGCCAGGUGACUGCUGGAGGAUCCAGUCAGUGCUAUCAAGGUAACACCUAUUUGAAUGCAGGCCAUACAAACCAAGAUCACGUUCAUGCAGUGUGGAAAAUCACAAGUGAAGCCAUCGGUCAACUGCAUCGCUCACUUGAGUCAUGUCCUGGUGAAAUGGCUGUGGCAGAAGAUCCCGCCGGGCUGAAGGUCCCUUUGCUACUACACCAGAAGCAGGCAUUGGCUUGGUUACUAUGGCGGGAAAGUCAGAAGCCACAAGGAGGAAUUCUGGCGGAUGAUAUGGGCUUAGGAAAAACCCUGACAAUGAUUGCGCUCAUCCUGACCCAGAAGAAUCAAGAGAAAAAGAAAGAAAAGGAGAAAAGCACAGCUUUGACAUGGCUCUCCAAAGAUGACUCUUCUGACUUUACUUCCCAUGGAACAUUAAUCAUCUGUCCUGCCUCCCUGAUCCAUCAUUGGAAAAAUGAGGUGGAGAAACGGGUGAACAGCAACAAACUAAGAGUCUAUCUCUACCAUGGGCCAAACCGGGAUUCACGUGCCAGAGUCCUCUCUACAUAUGACAUUGUGAUCACUACCUAUAGCCUCGUGGCCAAGGAGAUUCCCACAAGCAAGCAAAAGGCAGAGAUCCCAGGUGCAAACCUCAAUGUGGAGGGCACCUCAACACCUUUGCUUCGAAUAGCCUGGGCUCGAAUCAUACUGGAUGAAGCUCACAAUGUUAAGAAUCCCCGAGUGCAGACGUCCAUAGCUGUGUGUAAGCUACAAGCCUGUGCCCGUUGGGCUGUCACUGGAACCCCCAUUCAAAACAACUUAUUGGAUAUGUAUUCACUGCUGAAGUUUCUCCGUUGCUCUCCAUUUGAUGAGUUCAGUCUGUGGAGGAGUCAGGUUGACAAUGGCUCAAAGAAAGGAGGAGAACGGUUAAGUAUUUUAACCAAGAGCCUUUUGCUGAGGAGAACAAAAGACCAGCUGGACUCUACUGGCAGACCUUUGGUGAUACUGCCCCAGCGUAAAUUUCAGUUGCACCAUUUAAAGCUUUCUGAAGAUGAAGAGACUGUUUACAAUGUGUUUUUUGCAAGAUCAAGGUCAGCUCUGCAAUCCUAUCUAAAAAGACAUGAAAGUAGAGGCAACCAAUCUGGAAGAAGCCCUAAUAAUCCAUUCAGUAGAGUGGCACUGGAGUUUGGGUCCGAGGAGCCUAGACACUCGGAGGCAGCCGACUCACCGAGAUCCAGCACCGUCCAUAUACUGUCCCAGUUGCUGAGACUCCGCCAGUGUUGCUGUCAUCUUUCUUUACUAAAGUCGGCCCUGGAUCCAAUGGAACUGAAGGGUGAAGGUCUUGUCCUUUCCCUGGAAGAACAGCUCAGUGCUUUGACCUUGUCAGAACUCCGUGACUCAGAGCCAUCUUCUACUGUUUCCCUUAACGGCACCUUCUUCAAGAUGGAGCUUUUUGAAGACACGCGAGAGAGCACCAAGAUUUCAUCUCUGUUGGCAGAAUUGGAGGCAAUUCAAAGAAAUUCAGCAUCCCAAAAGAGUGUCAUUGUCUCUCAGUGGACCAACAUGCUGAAAGUUGUAGCAUUGCACCUUAAGAAGCAUGGACUGACUUAUGCCACCAUCGAUGGCUCUGUCAACCCCAAGCAGAGAAUGGACUUGGUAGAGGCAUUUAACCACUCCAGAGGCCCUCAGGUAAUGCUAAUCUCUCUCUUGGCUGGAGGUGUUGGUCUAAACCUGACUGGAGGAAAUCACCUCUUUCUUUUGGACAUGCACUGGAAUCCAUCACUUGAAGAUCAAGCUUGUGACCGAAUUUACCGAGUAGGGCAGCAGAAAGAUGUUGUCAUACACAAAUUUGUUUGUGAGGGAACAGUAGAAGAAAAGAUCUUACAGCUCCAAGAAAAAAAGAAAGAUUUGGCCAAACAAGUUCUAUCAGGGUCUGGAGAAUCUGUCACCAAGCUCACCUUGGCUGACCUCAGAGUCCUUUUUGGCAUCUAACCUCCUGUGGAUAAGGGUUCAGAAUAGCACCAUUGCUGCUGGUGAUGUUGCUCCUGUAACCAUCUUUUUGUGGGUGGAGCAGAGAGUCGAUCCCUGCAGCCACCCUGCAGCCAGCCAUCUGCAGUUCUCUCAGUGCAGGCAGUUCUUCCUCUCAGGCUGAAGAUCAAGGAGAAGCUUUGUACAUGAACAGAUGCUGAGUAUCUGCAUCAUUGUAUUGUUUAGUGUCAGUGUAUCAUUUAGUAUUUGCAUCACUGUACCAUUUAGUGUUGUAUUGUUGUAUAUCACUCAGUCAUUUAAUAUUGGUUAUCACCAUACCGUUUAAUAUUUGUAUCAUUUGGUUCAUUGUAUCAUUUAGUAUUUCUAUUAUAUCAUUUCUAUUUGUAGUAUUUGUAUAAUAUUUGUGUCAUUUUUAAUAGUAUUUGUAUUUUUACAAAUUUAUAAUAUUUGUAGCAUUUA